ACUACGGAAGUCGCACUCAACCGGUAACAGUCGGGAAUGACAUUUCUCCCAAUUUAGUAUUUUGUCUUUUACAAUCAUGAAUUAGAAAUGACUUUAAUUUCAACGAGAUAAGCACCAAAUAUCCUGGAUUGUCUUACAGAAUGUCAGAAAAGAAAGACCUACAGGAUGCUGAUGGCAAAGUCAGCAGGGUGAUACGCGUUGGCACCAGAAAAAGCCAGCUGGCUCGAAUUCAGACUGACAGUGUUGUAGAGAAACUCAAGGAGUUACAUCCUGAUGUUCAUUUUGAAAUAGUGGCUAUGUCAACAACAGGAGAUAAAAUACUUGACACAGCUUUAUCCAAAAUUGGGGAAAAGAGUCUCUUCACAAAGGAACUGGAAAAUGCUUUGGAAAAAAACGAGGUGGACCUGGUCGUUCACUCUUUGAAAGACUUGCCCACUGUUCUUCCUGUGGGCUUCACUAUAGGAUCUGUGCUGAAGCGAGAAAACCCCAAUGAUGCUGUUGUCCUGCACCCAAAACAUAAAGGCAAAAGUCUGGACUCUCUAGCCAACAAGAGUGUUGUAGGUACCAGUUCUCUUCGUCGGGCUGCACAGCUAAAGAAGAGAUUUCCUCAUCUGGAGUUUAAAGACAUUAGAGGUAAUCUCAACACUCGUCUGAAGAAAUUGGAUGAAAAAGAGGACUUUUCAGCCAUCAUUUUAGCGGCAGCUGGUCUUCGGAGAAUGGGAUGGGAGAAUCGCAUCAGCCAGAUCCUUGGGCCUGAUGACUGCAUGUAUGCUGUUGGACAGGGUGCUCUGGCAGUCGAGGUGAGAGCUCAAGACCAGGACAUUUUGGAAAUGGUGUCAGUAUUAAAUGACGCAGACACCAUGCUGAGAUGUAUCGCAGAGAGAGCCUUCCUCAAACACCUGGAAGGGGGAUGCAGCGUUCCAGUUGCUGUUUACACUGAAGUUAAGAAUUCACAGCUGUACCUGACUGGAGCGGUGUACAGUCUCGACGGGUCGGACAGUCUGAAGGAGACCAUGCAGACAAGCAUCAGCUCUGACAAUCAGGUCGAGGGGCAGGAGAGAGUUGACGAGAAGGUCCAGCGUGUGGGCAUCACUGCUUUAAAGGUGUCAGAAGCAGCCCAGGAUGCUGCAGUGAAGUUAGGAGUGGACCUUGGAAAUCUGCUGCUCAGCAAAGGAGCCAAAGAGAUACUGACUGUAGCCAGACAGCUAAAUGAUGCACGAUAGCAGUCCUUAUACGUAGCUGAAGACCAACCACCCCCUAGUAGAAGCAUUUUUUAUAAAUUUCAGUGUCAACAAGUGUUAUUAAGAUAUUGGUGAGUUUUUCACAGAAAAUGUUUCUUUGUAUUUACAGGAGUUUAUUAAAGGUCAUUAUGCAGUUACUACUUAAAACAGACUUGCAGUAUGAUGCAUAUUAAUUAAGCCAAAAUAAUGACUUUAAU